AUACAUUUUGGGGCGGGUUAUUGGCGGUAAGCAGGUGCUGAUUGAAACAGAGGUGAAAUUUGUUGCAAAGAAGUGCCGAAGAGAUCGAGUAUGUACAGUUUAAGAAGUGUAAAAUCCGCCAGUAAGUCAAGGGACUCGAGCGCUCAAACCACGAUUGAUUUUCGAAGGAGAAAAAGAGCCUCCACUUCGAUAAAGGAGGGUCAACCCAGUGAAGAUGUACUUGAAGUGAACAAGUCCUCUCCUCCUAAGAGAACUAAGAGCCUCCAGGAGUCAGUAGUCCCACCGCCCACAUUCACCCGUACACCAGUGACCAGACACAGUACUCGUAAGAUGGCUGAGGCCGCUACGAGGUCAACAAGAAGUACAUCAACUCCACAUAGGAAAGCACCACACCCACUAACUGCGUUCAUAUCACCCCUCAAACCGAAUAACACACCAGUCAAAUCACCAGUCAAGCCAUGUGAUCUCACCCCCACCACCACCCCCUGUCAUGUGACUCCUCGGAAAAGCCCAAAAUCCACUGUUAGACGUCUACGCUUCACCGAGUCUUCAUCAGCGUACGAGGUCAAAAGGUCACUCCACAACAGUCGUCCUGAGUCACUAUUGUGUCGUGAUGACCAACUCUCGUCUCUCAACUCAUUCAUGACCUCUCAUCUACACAAGGGAACCUCCGGAGCACUCUAUAUAUCUGGGGCCCCUGGUACUGGGAAAACUGCUUGUCUUAGUACGGUGCUUGAGAAGUCGUGUGAUCUUAUUGACCACACCCACAUUGUGACAAUCAACUGCAUGAGCGUGGAACAACCGCAGGCCAUCUACUCCCGUAUUGCAACUGCCCUGCUGGGGUCAAAGGUCGGCAAAACAAAGAGCUCCUCAGUCCUCCAACAAGAACUAGUGAAACACAUCACAAAACACAGAACUCUGAUAGUGCUGGAUGAGGUGGACCAGUUGGACUGUAGGGGUCAAGAAGUGCUCUAUACCAUAUUUGAAUGGCCUGCUCUACCUGGAUCUAAACUACUGCUCAUUGGUAUAGCCAAUGCUCUGGAUCUGACGGAUCGUGUGUUGCCACGGUUACAAUCUCAUGUCCGUUGUAAGCCACAACUGCUACACUUCCCGCCCUACAACAGAGAACAGAUUGUCACCAUCCUCCAGAGUCGAGUGGGCGGGGCUGGACUUAUUGAACCAAUGGCUGUGCAGUUCUGUGCUCGUAAAGUGGCCUCAGUUCAUGGUGAUGUGAGAAAGGCUCUCGAUAUCUGCAGACGUGCUAUUGAGAAGGCAGAACUGGACAAGGAGAAUGAAGCCACACCCCUUCCCCUACGUAUCACGCUACGUCAUGUUGCUGAUGUCAUCGCUGAGGUGUAUGGAUCAGGAGUCAGUGUGGGGGAAACCACUUUCCCCUUACAACAGAAGCUGGCUGUGUGUACUCUGCUGUGUAUGGUGCGAGGUAGAGCUAGGAAGGAGACCAGCCUGGGCAAACUGUAUGACUCUUAUGUCAAGGUGUGUCGUCACCGUCGGUUACGCAGUGAGGGGGAGAGUGUGUUUGUGGGUCUGUGUGAUAUGUUAGAGACUCGAGGGAUUAUUGUUACCAAGACAACCAAGGAUAGGAGAGACAGCAAGGUAACUCUGAAGUUGGAGGAGGCAGAGUUGGAGCAUAUCCUACAGGACAAGCUGCUCAUCACUUCAGUGCUAGAGCAUGGCGUACCUCGGCCAGCGUAGGAACUACCAGUGUGCUCAGCCUACCUUCCUUUUUAACCUGUU